UUCCUUGUAAUUACUAUAAAUUAAUGUGUAUUUUAAAAUGCAGAAACAAAUAGUUGCAAUGGUUAAUUGAAAAAGUGCCUAUCACAUUCAAUUGAAGUCCCAAUAUGAGUGCAUAGGACGAACAGCUGGUUACGCAAAACCCAUUGAUCGGGUUCAUUAGAGUUCAUAGAAUUGACUUUUUGGCUAUUACGUGAGUCGGCAAUCGCUGAGACUCUCAAGUGCUGUAGACAUCAGAAGCAGCUGCCAGAGUGUGUAUGCGUGUAUUUGUGUGUGUGCCUGUAACGCUCCCAGCCUCCAAGAGCAAGAAGGCAAACAAAUAAUCUCUCAGUGUGCGUCUGGCGAGCAAACAAGAAGCAACAGACGGAGGAUUGCCAUAUAAACAAAUCGUCGCAACAGCCGGUGCCAUAGUCGGAGUGUGUGUGUAUGUGUAGGGUAUAGCCAAGCACAAUGGCCCGUUUAACAAGUCUGCCAAUUCUGCUGUGCAUCAUUGGAGCUUUGGCUCUGGUUGGACCUAUGCCCGCCAAUGGCGCCGUUGCCAACAGUCACAAGCACGAGAAGCAUCUGAGCAAGGAACGGGUGAAGGAUGGCAGCUAUGUGCCCAGGGAUGCACAUCAUCACAACGAUCUGGGCGAGCACAACGUGGAGUUUGAUCAUGAGGCCAUCAUAGGCAAUACAAAAGAGGCUCAAGAAUUUGAUACUCUCUCGCCGGAAGAAUCGAAGCGACGUCUGGCCAUACUCAUCAAGAUGAUGGACUUGAAUAAUGAUGAAUAUAUCGAUCGUCAUGAAUUGAAAGCUUGGAUUUUAAGGUCCUUUAAGAAACUCUCGGAGGAGGAAGCAGCGGAUCGUUUUGAGGAAAUUGAUCAAGAUUUGGACGAUAAAAUUACAUGGAAGGAAUACUUGCAGGACACUUAUUCCAUGGAGGAUGAGAACUUCAAGAAGGAGCUCAUUGACUUCGACAGCUAUGAGGAGGAGCAAAAGAUGAUCAAACAGGAUAAGGAAAUGUUCCAUGCAGCCGACACGAACAAGGAUGGUGUACUGAACCAGGAGGAAUAUGUUCUCUUCCAAAAUCCUGAAGAGCAUCCACAAAUGUUGCCCAUUCUAUUGGAGCAUACGAUGCAAGAUAAGGAUCUGAAUCAUGAUGGCAAAAUUGAAUUCCAAGAGUUCGUCGGCGAAGCAGCCAGCCAUCAUGACAAGGAGUGGUUGAUAUCGGAGAAGGAUCGAUUUGACAAGGAUUACGAUACAAACGGCGAUGGAGUUCUAACCGGCAAUGAGGUGCUCUCAUGGAUUGUACCCAGCAAUACGGCCAUUGCGGAUGAUGAGGUCGAUCAUUUGUUUGUCUCCACCGAUGAGGAUCACGACGAUCGCUUGUCCUAUCUGGAAAUUCUGAAUAACUACGAUACAUUUGUUGGCAGCGAGGCCACCGAUUAUGGCGAUCAUUUGCAGAAUAUACAUCAUCUUACCGACGAGCUGUAAAAAAGCAUAAGAUUAUUUUACGAAUUUAACUAGAGAAAUCUCUGUGCUUAGAA